AGGCCCUCCCAGCGUAUCCAGCACGGCGCCCGCGUCAUCAAGCCCAAGAAGGCCUCCAUCAUCUCACAGAACAAGAUCAAGCACAAGAGCAGCGCUGGUCUGGUCGGGCAAACCGAGAAACUCCUGGCCCAAAAGGCCGGACAUUUGGAGAUGCUUAAAGGAGGCAAGAAAGACAAGAAGGAA